CAUUCCAUUACUCAUUUCGUAGAGUAUAUUGCUUUUAAGUAAUAUUAAGUUACUUUGUGAUCUGAUACAUGACUAUUUCUAUAUCGUUUUAUUCACCAUAUGACUAAAGCACCUCAAAUGUAAUAAACGCGAAAUUAUCCUCAGCUAAAUUAACUGCUCUUUACCCCAGCUUUCAAUAUGGCGUCGUUUGUAAACUGUUGACACACAGUGUCGACGUAGGAAGAGUGACUUUACCGAGUAAUACCAAAUGACGCAUUGCGUUUCACUGCAGUAACAACGACCGACAGGUCAGUGGUAGCUAAGGUGCGCAGUCCUCCAUGGUAUAGGUCUCAACGUUACGUCAGACCAACCUCACGAGACAAGCUUGGGGAGUCAUAUAUGAGUGGUGGUCAGGCAGAGGUGGCAGGAUGUGAGCGGCGCCCAGCGGCAGUACGAUGGCCCAGGAGUUCCUCCCGCUCUGCGAUGUGCUCUUCAACAUCAUCUCGUUGGCGUCCUACUUCUGUGAUGUGGUGUUCGACGUGGUCACCAUCUACACGCUGUACGAUCAGCAGGAGGUGGUGUGGUUCACGCUGGCACUCUCCUGCGUCCUCCUCUCUCUCGUCGUGUGUCAGCUGUGCUCCCUCAAGUGGUACCUCUCCAGCCUCAGGAAGGACCUGGCCAAGAAGGACUGUGAUCUGGGCCUCAUGAUCCUGCUCCAUCUCUUCCAGGGAGGCGUUCUAUGGCGCUAUUUUAAGCUCUUUAUCCCUGUGGAUCUUCGCUAUGUCAAGCAUGAGGUUCGUGACCUCUGUAUGUUGCGACUCAUACAUGCCUUCUGCGAGGCCGCCCCCAUGUUGCUCAUUCAGCUGUACCUCAUCUGGCGCAAACCUGCGUUGUCUGACCUGACGGAUCUCAACAUAGUGUCAACAGCAUUAUCACUGUUCAGCGUAUGUUGGGCCCUUGCCUCCUUCAACAAGAACGUUCGUCGACAUAACGUUCACCGUCUGAUACUGACGUGGUUGGGUGUGAUAUUCCAGUUCAUCUGGCGUCUUGGGACCAUUACCUCCCGCUCCCUGGCACUCACUGUUUAUGCCACACUCUACGGGUAUUGGGUUUUCCUCGUCAUUGCCCUCCACUGGGUGUCUAUGUUCCUCUGGCUUAUCUCGCCUAAGAACGUCUUUCAUGGUGAGAAAAUGCCAAUGUUCAAGAAGGUGAUAUUCUCCAUGUUAAUCGCUUUCUGUUACAUAUUCUGCUACAUCAACCUACAAGAAAUCAACGCCCGGCAGAAGAUGGUGGCCUUCUACAUCACUAUGCUCCUGGAGAACGCCCUCUUGGUUGCAGUAUGGCUGGGUGGCUUGAGAACCACUCCCUGGUAUCAAUACCCAGUCACGGCCCUCGUGUUCAUUGCCUUCGGCUUCGGGGUGGUGUUCAUGAUCUUCUACUACCAGCACUUCCACGUAAAGAGACUCAAACACAACUACACCAUGUCGUCCUCCAUCAACACUUAUUCAUCAUGUACAGGUUGCCAGUUGGGGCAGUGCACAGACAAGUCACAUCGCAUGCCAUUCCCAUACUACCUGAAUGAGUUAUCAGCAAGUGACAACAGCACCAUUGCCUCCAACCCACAACAGAAUGGCAAUGCCAAGCCCAAUAACCUGGAGACGAGUGAGGCACGGAAUCAACAACAACCGCCCAACCACUACCCAUCAGAUGCCCUCCACGUUCCCGGUGUGUUUACCUGCCGCUUCAAUCCUGGUAUAAAGAGAAAGAAAAAGAAACCAACGAGUUUUGUGCCUCCUCCUGUACCCGUUCUUCCUUCUAUAGGUGUGCCAAAUAAUAAUGGCAGAAUGGUGCCAUUCUGGAAGCGACCUCUGCCACAGUCCUUGUCGAGUGAUCACGAGGGUAGCGUAGGCUCCAGGGUCAACAUUCAGCAGAAGUUACAGGAAAAGAAGCAGCAGCAGAUAGCUGAGCUGCGGCAAAUUGAAGAAGAGAUUAAGGCUGGGAAGCUGAAGCGGCCUCACCCCAGUGAUAUCUCUGAAUCUGGGACGCUUCGUCAGCCCAUCCCACGAGCCAAGAAACAGCCAUGGCUAAAACCAGAGCCACUAGAUUAUACAUAUCUGGUAGUGGAGCCCUCUGCGGCACCUGUGCCCGCCCCAGCCCACAGAAAGCACCGCUCUCAAACGCCAGAGAUCCUGCUGGCACCACACUACCUGGACAACACCAGGAUCUACUAUGACUAUCAAGAUCCUCGCUGGAAGUAUGGCAACAACUACCACCUCCCGUCUGAUGACAUGAGCGGCUCCAGCCAUUCCAAACACUCCAUAAAAAGACGCAACAGAAAGGCAGAUAAAAAUACAGACAAUAGAGACAAAGUAAUCUAUAAGUCCUACAGAAUACCAUCUGAUCUUGACAGUCAAAUAUCACUCCCAAGAUCUUACACUCUGCCCAGGGAAUUCAAAUAUUACAGAAGACCCAAAUCAAGAAAAGCUGUUAGAACAGAUCACUUCAUGGCAUCAACAAACUCCAGUGAUGGUGAUGUUGAUUCCUGUGAUGAGGGAGACCUGGAGGAGUCCUUCAGCCGACUCAACAAUGCUGUCCAUUUUCAUCUUAACCACAAUCACCACCAUCACUACCACCACCACAGCUUCCUCCAUAACCACCACACCAACCACGUCGCCGAGUCUCCUCCACAUCCACAACACCCACUUCGGGCACGCAUCCACGCAGCCUUCCAUCGUAACUUGGCCAACACCCAUGAAACCAAGUUGUGAGGAGCAUUUUUUGGUGACUGUAACCUGAUUACCUGUCCAAGGAAACAUUUUUAAAACUCCACUUAGCUGUAAUGUCUCGAAAAACAUUAACAGUAUCCCUCUCCUAGCAGUGUGAAGUUCAGGGAAACAUUAACUUCAUGGAGACAAUUAUUGAAGGUGAACUCAAGAAAAUACUGUACAGUGAAAAAUGUAAACAAUACUCAGUGGAUCAUUGGAACCAAUCCGAGUAGUGUUUAUUAUGACAAGAAAAAUAUUCAGUUAAGCAGAUUCAUGAAGAAGACUGCUGAAGUAUAUAUAGGUAUAAUGUACAUAAUAAGUCUAUUAAUGAACUCAUCUGCUACAGUUUACCUAUAAAAAUACUGAAACAAGAAAGUGCACUCUGAACUUUAUCAAUUAGAAAUUCCACUUACAAAUUCCAAAGAUACAAAUACAGGCCUUGAUUAGGAAUGUGUUCUUUAUUCUUGACUGAGAAACGUGCAAUACUGUCAGUGAACCUGGAGAUUAUAAUUCUUAACAUCUGAAGUGUUUUAAUACUUGUGUGCCAAAAUUUUCCUCUGCCAAAAUGUUUGUUGUUUAUAAUUUAUUUAUAAAUAUAUUUUUAUGUAUUGCUUUUUAAAUACAUUUACUUUAUAUUGCAGCUGUGUAGUAAUCUGUAAGAAUAAUAGGAGCAUGAAUGGAUGCAGUGGUAUUCAACUCUGAAGUCUUAUAGUUUGGAACAAUUCCUACAAAUGUGCUGUAGAGAUCUGACUUGAUACUCAUUGCUCUUGUGACAAAGGAUCCAUUCUACAGACACAGUCCCUAUGACUCAGUGGUCUUCUCAUCCUUCCAGAGGACCUUCUGAAGAUCCUUCUACAAAUACUGUACCUUUCCCAGGUCUCCAAGAAGGGUCCUUUCAGGGGUUUUCAGAUUCAUACAGAGGUCUCGGAUUUCUCUGCAGGCUUUGAUUUUUGUAAGGUCUUUUCUGGAACUGAAGACUUUCCAAGGUCCCUUGGUCCUCUCAAAGGUUCCUAGACACGUUUAAAAGUUCCCAGAUCUUUUAAUGGCUAAGUAGGCCUUUUGAAAGGGUUAUUUAAGGCUCAAAGAGAUUUCCAAAUACUUUCAAGAGUCAUCAAAUUCAUCUAUACAGGAUUUUAGAUUCAUUCACAGGUGCCUAGGUCCUUUGAGAAAUUCCAAAGUCAUUAUAGGACUCCUCAGACACUUAUGAAGGUACUUCAAGGGGUUCCAUAGCUCAUCUAGAUGAAUUCAUACCAUUCUAGAGAUCCGCAGGUUCUAGAGGUAAUAAGACUUUCUAGAGACCCCGACCUAAGUUUGUCUCCUGUCGUCACACCCACACUAGUCCUCGCAUGUUGUCCUUCAUUAUAAGAUUGUUUUCCUUUAUUGUCGAAAUAUUGUUUGGAAAUUGUGCUCACAAUAUGACUAUAUGCCAUAUCUCUUCAUGGGUUUAUGUUCAUGUUAGAUUUUAUUGAUAGAGAGUAACUAUUGCCAUAAAGACGUUGGUUAUAUUAAUACUCCCGCUCAGGCCAGGAAAUAUACGAGAUAUUUUCCAUGCUCAUAAGAUUGCAACCUGAUUUUUCUAACCAAGUUGGCGAGAUUUUAUUGUCAGGUGUUGCAUUUUCUUAUUGACUCAAGCAGUCGUGGAAGAAGAGCAUACCUUUUUUUUUUUACCAAUAACUUGCGAUAGUAACAACUUGAAAUGGUAAGAUGUGUUUGCAUUGCAUCAUUGUCAUCCAUACAUUUUCUUAAAAAUUUGCAAUUUUUUUUAAUUGUAAUGUUAAUGGAAAAAACAUGUGGAUAAAAAGACAUAAUAUUCACUUUUGCAAACUUCUAGUUUCAUAUUUUGUUAAUAGUCUUUUAAAGUUAAGUUUUGAAUACUGUACUGAAGUUAUAUACAAGUUACAC